AUGGGGGAAGAAGUACGCGCAGCAAAUACGGAAAGAAUGACGGGAAAUGAAAAGUUUCAGGAGCUCGAUACCGAACAGGAAUACAGAUACGAUGACUUUUUCGAAGCGGAACAAUCUUUUAGCGCGGAGGAAGAAAAACCUUGUGAUGAAAAGGAAUGGAAAGCGGAGAGAAAGCUGUGUAGAAAAUUACUCGUUUUUUCGUGCUAUUUUAUCUGUUUCAUUAUUUUGUCAGCUGUACAAGAUUGGGAGACAGAGGCGAAGAAGAAAAUUCGUAUAGAAAUGGACGAUCCGUCAAUGGCAAGACGGAAAACUAUCCAUGAUCUCAGCGCUUAUGCUUCUUCUGGGCCGUCAGUGAGCGACAUUUCGAAAUUUAACGCGAUGCAGAUAACCACGGAACCAUUGAAGAAAAUUCGAUAUUCCGUGUCGAUGGGAAUACCAGGACUUGCGAGAAUCGAUCUGUCGCCGCUGACGCAGAAGAUCGUCGGCUGCAUCAUUGGCGAGGAUAUUACUACAGAAUAUCCAUGGGUGCAAGUUAGAAAGGAUGUUAUAGAGGAUAAUAUAGAUUUACAUUCUGAGAGCAGCGAUUUUCUGCCGGUAAAGGACGAAGUUUACGGAUAUCCCGACGAAAAGAUGUUCAUCGGCUACGCACCGUCCUUGUCCGAAAAGGGUCAAUUUUACAUUGUUCUCACUGAAGAGGGUAGAGACGCUGUAAUAAAAAACAUACAAGAAGAAAGAGAGGAUCACGAAAGUCGCGUAAGAAGUGCGCUCUACAAAUUUCCUAGCCAAUGGCACGAUUUGGGAAGCGGUGUCGAAGUCGAUGCCAACGUUGCCAAGAACACAAGGCCGUUAUACGAGAUUGAGGCUAUAUGUACCGCCGAUUUGCUGAACGUGCCGAUAAAUCUAACGGACAGGAAGGCGGACGAUCAGAGGGACGGAUACAUCGAGUUACUACCGAAUAAACGGCAAAUAUUUGAGAAUGUAUGGCGUAAAUUGGUAAGCAGCUAUACGCAAGUGACGCCGAUCGUUCGACACAACGAGGCGCAAACGGCACCAUCGAUACCUGUCAAUUCCUGGUACCAAUAUCUGUACGAAUACGAGACAGUCGAUUUGUCUACUUACCCCGAGGAAAAGAUAGACUACUUGAAGGAUUUCCUAGAACGCUACACUGACGAAAUGUGCGAUAAGGUUUUAAUGAGUUCCACGUGGGAUAUUUAUACGAAUGAUUAUGCCAAUUUGGUGCGCAAUGAAAAGGAUACGCAGGCACCGGUGCCGAUAGGUUACGAAGAACACCAGAGCUAUUAUGACAGAAAGAUCGUUGUGGACAAAGUUAUCAACGAUCUUUGCUGGCAUCCGUUCUGGACUGGAACGACGAUAGCUACUUACACGCAACAUGCGAAGGGCGAAUAUCUAAUAGGUCCCAAAACUUACGACGAGGUAUUCUUAGCCUGCGAGGGCAACAAUCGAGUACUGAUAUGGUCCUUCGAUGACUGCAUAUCACCUAAACUAAUUCUCGAAAGUCCUAGAGAAGUCACAUCCAUUGCCGUCUGCCCUCACGAUAGUAACGUCAUCGUAGGUGGUUGUAAAAACGGCCAGAUCGCCAUCUGGCACAUACCCGGCAAAAUCGAGCAGGUGGAGACGGUGGUGGCACAGACGAGCGCCCAAGUGAAGUACAGGGUCGCGAUGAAAAGCUUGAUGACAUGGAUGCGCGAGACGACGGCAACGUCGUUGAUCAGUCCGACGGCGAUGUCCGCCCUCAAGUACAGCCAGAAGGCGGGUAUCACUCAGAUAGUCUGGGUGCCCUCGCAUCACAAGGUCGACAAAAACGGUCGGAUCACCUCCUUACCGGAAGACGCGACCCUGGACGAUCUAAGUUGUCAGUUCGUAACCGCCAGCGAGGACGGCACGGUCGCCUUUUGGGAUCUUAAGCUGGCAUAUGACGGCGGCUCCGGUCGACCUGAACCAGCAAUUGGUAACCACGAGAAAGGCUCGUAUCUCCCGGGACUGGAAGUUAGCGACUUGGAGUGUUCGACGGGCGCGAAACUUGUCGCAGACAUAUUUCUUGUUUUUGACGGGGGACAUUGUUCUGAAAGGUGGCGGCCUUCGGAGAAGGACAUCCGACAAGUUCGUAGACGGAAGAAAAAGAUUCAUCCAGAUAUUCAGAAAUCCAUGGCGCAUCUCUCGUCGCCCUUCAGGAUCCUCGAUCGCGUCUUCAAGCCCGACUAUAUCCUCGCGAUUCAAUAUCCGGACGAGAGCCGACAGUUCGUGAUAACGACUCUCAGCAUGUACAAUCCAAAGUUUCGCAAGGAACAAGUCGAACCGUUCCCGGUGGUAAGGGACGAUCUCACAAUUAGAAAGUACUACAGACCCAUAAUCGAGAAGGCGAACUAUGUUAUGGAGCCGAAGAUGCUCAUCGGCACCGUCGAGGGUGAUUUCGGUUGCAUAACGUGGACCGGCUACGAAUUCGCCACUGACGCGAGCGUGAAUCGCGAGGUGGCACGGUGGCUCUGGAUAAAGAGGGUGCACGACGGACCGGUCACUCACGCGGCCAGAUCGAAUUAUUACCACCAGGUGGUGGUCACGGUGGGCGGCAAGAUCUUCGCCGUGUGGAGGGACGAUUUCGGCGAGCCGCUCGUUUGGAAGAAGUCCAACGUCGGAUACACGGCGUGCUCGUGGGGAAUCAUACGCCCGACCGUUCUGAUAUUGGGACGAAUGGACGGCACCGUAGAAAUAUGGGAUCUCGAAGUCAAGAGCCACGAGCCGAGUUUCACGCAGAGCCUGUCGGGGAGGAUAAUUACGGGCAUCUACACGCACGAGCUGCCGCUGGAGCCGCAGUGUAUCGGAUUUUGCGACUUCAACGGCUCCUUAAGGACGUUCACCGCGCCGCGUGUCUUACUGACGUACGACGUGGGUGACGUCGAAUGGAUGAAAAAGUUCAUCGACCGACAGGUUCAAAGGCGUCGGAAGCCCUGGCAGUUCCUCGAAGAAGCCAAGCAACGAUGGAUGUCAAUGGAAGUAAAGCGCAUGCAGCGACUGAUCCUGGAGAAAAAAGGUCUGAGGAAAGACGUCCUCGAGAGGCAACGCGCGCCGAUUCUCAGGUUGCGGCAGGAGGCGAGGACAAAGAAACGCAAGAUACGCGAGAUUCUGAAUCUGCAGGACAAGAUCUUUGAGGAAACGAUCGCGUUCCUCUUCCCGGAGCAGUAUCAGGAGCGCAGAGAAACUUUGUUGCCGCCUUUGCCAGUUUCUGUGGCCGACAGACGCUUAACGAUCGACGAGUUCAUUAAGAAGGAAACCGCUCUUCAGAAAGAAGAAGUUUUUGUCGAUCCUGAUGAAGAAAUUAUAUACAAUUUUCUGGAAGUGCAGACCGAGGCCCUGGCCAAAUUAAAGAUCACGCCUUUCGAACGCACGUUCAACUGGCGUAAAGUACUCGCGCAAGGGAAGUCGAGGAGAAGAUCGAUGGACAUCGAACUCAAGAAGUUAAACAAGUCGAAGAAGAUGUCCAAAGUGGACGGUGCUGUAAACGAUGCAUCACGUCUUGUCUACAGCGUAUAAAACGUGUACGGAGAUACGUCUCUAUUUUACAUUUUGACUUGCGUUUUUUUUUUUUUUUCUGAGAUGUCAGAUUUGUAACUCAGAUUUAUACAGAUUGAUUUUUUAAGUCAAUUUUGUUGGAUUUGCAGAAGAGAAGAGAAUUUACUGCACAAAAGAUUUGAUGUGCUAAACGGCAUGACGCAGCGAUUUCUGUAUCAAUUUAUUUUUAAGUUGGACGACGUUAAAAGCUCGAAUGUGCAACAAUUUUUACUAAGUUUAAAUAACUACAAUGUAAUGUAUUCAAUUCAACGUAAUUUUGUAACUCGUUCCACGAAUCUACAAUUAUCAUAUAUUUUGUUAGUUAUUUCUUUUUAGAAAUAUUUUCAAUUUUAAAAUUACGUCUAACAUUUUGAUUGCAUUUCUGAUAAUGCACGUUUCAAUGUAAUAAUGCUGUUGUAGAAAAUAAAACUACGUAUCUACGAGCGUCACGCAAGUUUACUUUCAGAGACCCCUUUUAAUCCCUUUAAUCAGAACUGUACUCGUGGCUGUACUAAUGGCCACCUUUGAAACAAGUAAAGUCCAGAGUCCACAAAUAUAAUCUGAUUUUGUAAGUUUACCGAAUAAGGUGACGUAAGGAGAAAACGGGGUAUUCCGGUCAAUUCUCUUACCGUCGUAUCUGAGAAAAGAGAAAUGCGUAUCUUUAGAUAUUUCCGGAUAUCGCAGGAUCUAAUGUGCAAGUCAUCACGGUAAUUGAAUAUGUCGAUAAACAUGAGAUAAACAUGACAGCGAAGAAAAUGGAACGUUUAAAGAUAUAGAAGGGAGAGAAUAUUUUCUUCAAUAUUCACACAGAUCUUUUAUUAGAGUGUUACACAUGAAAAUUCAAUUCUGUAUUGAUCUUAAAGCGAUUUUAUUAAAAAGAAUUUCAACUGUAUUUAAUUACAAUAAUUUUACGUAUAUCAUUUACAUCUUCAUUUUAUUCAUAAAGAUCUGGUGACAUUGCAAUCAAUAUAUACGAAGUAAUUACAGUAAUGAUGUCGCGUGGGUAAAAGAGGCAAAUGUGACAGUUAAGGGAGACUGACGAUCUUCGCUAGGGCGAAAAAUGACGCAAAGGAAUGUCUGGAAGCGGAAAAGACGAAGGGAUGGAAGGUAGGUUGGUAGGUAGGUCGGCAGCACUCGACGAUUUUUCAUAAUUAAAGCGGAUUAAAACUCGGCAGCGGGACCGUAAAUGAAUUUGAAAUUUCAAACUGGGUGCGCUCGCCUCCGCUUAUCCGUCGCGUCCCCCGCUUUCCUUUUGUCAUUCUUUCCCGUCGUAAACGGAUCUACGAGGGACCGUGGCCACCAGCGCGACUUGUGUAUGGCGAAUUUACCUGCUUUUAUUUCCCCGGAGUAACACACUUCCCCGAUUUAAUUUACCGCGAUGUCUAUUCUUUUGGCACAAAUGAUACUUUUAACAUCCAGAUUCAAAGAUACCCGUAAUACUUUUGAAAAUUAUCCAAAAUUAGACAGCCGAUUACGAAAGUACGAAUACACUCUAAAAGUAAUAUCUAUAAUUUUGGAUAAAAUAAAGUUCUACAUAUACAAUGUGAAAACUUUACAUCGCUAUUGUCCAAGAAGUAAAAAAAACACAGCUUUAAACGAAAAAAACGUGUGAGCACGCAUUAUAAAAAAUAUUCUCGGAUUACGAUAUAUAUUGUUUAAUGUUUUGAUCUCUCUCUCUCGCAUCUUUAUUUUCUGCAUGUGUAUCGAUACGCAGGAUAAACGGGUUUAGCAGCAGAACGGCCUGCAUGUUUGAAACAUUGUAGCAAUAAGACAAGUACCAGAAGGGCGAGAGCAAUUUUCGACAAAGGUCGAAAACAGUUUUGUACGCGGCGGGGGACAAGUUGUAAUUACUCGAAAUAGCGGUGCUUUGUUCUGAUCCGCGCGUCAGACGUCGGGCGACGUCGACUCUCAUUUCGACCCUUCCACCGUUGCGUACUUCUACUACCGUUGAAAGGUGAGUCUGCACGUGCUUCCAUAAUGGCGAUAAUGACCGUAUAAAAAUUACGCCGCGGGUGAAAAACAGGGAGGCAACAAAAGGCUCGUCGGGGAAUAAAAGAAUUUUACUCCCCUUACAUCUACGCGACACGCAUCUCUAUGAAUAAUUAUAUUCACGUAUUAAAAUAACUUAUUUUCGAAGGUGCACACUUUCCUAAAAUUACUUUACUUAUGGAUAAGACGACGACGUAAUAGAGAUUAAUUAUAAUUAACAAAACAAUUAACAGAAAUUAUUCAAGAGUUUGAAGCGUGUAAUGUAUUGCCGUACAACUUUAAGAGUCUUUAAACGCUGUAAGUGAAUGUUCAAAAACUAUGUUUGCUCAUUAUCUUUAACACGCAACCAAAUUUAGGAAUAAGAGAAUGGUAACAUUUAAUUACUUUUACGUGCACGUGAACUCCACAGCGCUCGGGAAGUUUGCGCGCCCUACGCGCGAGUUUCCCUUCAAUUGCCCUUACUAGGUGGAGGUGAGAAAAGCGAGCGAGACAGAAAGAAGGGACGCGAAUCAAGAGAAUAGGAUUAAUAAAUAGCAACGGAUUAUUAUCGAAAUGUAGAAAUCGGAACACGGGCUGUGCCGGCAAGUUUCCGAAACUAUCCGCACGACCUUCUGCAACUGACUGUCGCCUUAUUGCCUAAGUUCGGAACAUCCCAGAGAGAGGGUGGGUCACGUUCGUUCUUGCGUACAAGUAUUUCUCUAUUUUUCUCGCGACACAGGCUUCGCUUCUGCCUCCCUCUUCCUCUACCCAACCCCUUUCGGUCUCUCUCUCUCUCUUUUUCGCUUGCGCGCUUCCUUUUUGGAAUUCGCUUUGUCCUGAACGAUUCAAGUUUUCCCCGGGCCGGUCAUGAACAGUAUGCGCCGUACGGGACGAUCGUUUUCGCAACUUUUCUCCCGCUUCCUUCCGCCGAACAUUCGGUCCGUUUACCCAACUGAAAAUCAUCGGCGACGUGGAACACUCGGCACUGGUUCAACUCUCACGUUCGUAGAAUCUAUUGCGCGGUUAAACAACCGGAUAUACAUAUGUGUGAUAUUCUAUCGCAUCCAAGAGUAAAUCCAAGAGAAGAAUUGGCAAGAGAGAAGAAAUGUAAUAGUAAAAUUGUUCCAUUACGAUCAGCGCAACCGCGAUGACGAAUAGGCCAAUGCAUCACGUUCUUGGAUCGAUUACGAUAAGAAAAUACGUUUGCUUCAUUUCUUUGAGUGCUAUGCUACUUAUGCACUUAUGCGUGUAUUCCUAUUAUUUGCAGUAGCCGAGAGGUAUGUGAGUAGAGAUAUUUCUUUGACUUUUGUGUCAAAGUUUCAAUGUUAAAUGUAUCAUAAAAAAUAUAAUAUGAUCUCUUAAAAUUUUAAUUAUUUUAUGAAUUAUUUUUAGCUGCCCCGAGAAGAAAUUGAUUUUAAGUUCGUUAAAAAUGUAUUGUGAAAAUUUUUAAUAUCUUAGUUUUACAAUAUUAUACAAUAAAAUAUAAUAUUCUGAUCUAAGUAUAAAAGAUAAAUUGUUCAACAAAAACCGCGGAAGUUUUGACAGAAUCAUUAUUUUAAUUAACAACAAAAAAAACAAAAAGAAUUACAUGUGUCAUCUUAAUUUAUUUUUUGUGCACGUAUAUUGCAACGUGAUUAAUUUUAUUGCGAACCAACGUUUUACAUUUUCAUGUAAAAAUACAACUUUUUUUUUUUUCAAUAUCUCACCUAGUUGUUUUCAAAAUAUAUUCAGCUGUAACGUUAUUUACGCAAAUGCAAAUAUAUCAGUCAAUUCUCUCUCGAUCGUGUCUAAAAACGCGGAUAUCCCAAUAUGGACAAAAAUGAAAAAAAAAGAGCGCUUUCUUUCGUCGCGACCGUAAUAUCGACGCUGACAGCACGACGGCGCGCGGUACUUUUAAUUCUCUGCCAAUUAAUCUCUCUCGAAAUCCAUGAAUUAGUCCCGGUUCGGAACCGCAGCUGUCCGUGGACGGGAGGAGGCUUUUCGGCGAUACCGUCGCGUCGGUCCAUCCGCGCGAGUGAUAACGAGGAUCGUAAAAUUGCUACGGUGAACGAUGGACGCGUCGAUUAUUGACGCAGCUGGGAUUUGCCUGAUACCAAAAUCCGGUGUAAAAACCGUCGACCGUUCUGUUCACUUCAUCCGGCAUUUACUCCGACGGAUCAAUUUUUAACGACACUCCCUACGAAUCGGUAACGCGAGACGUAACUCGUCACAAGAAAAAAAAAGUGUAUCGUAUUGAUCACAUUGAUUUUUUCCCCCGAUAUUUUACGAUUCUCUACUAGAGCGACAAUUAAAUUUUUUAAUGAAAUAUCGUGGAAGUAUUCUUGCAAAAAAAUACAACGUAUUUUAUGUUGAUAGUUAACGAAAGUAUUUGUUGCUGCGUUAAUUUUAUUUAUAGAUUAAUAAUAUAAUUUAAAAUUAUUUAAAAAGAUAGUUAUAUUUCAUAUAGAAGGGAAUUAUCUUUAUUACACUUUAUGCUAUUUUAUUGUUCAACUAUUAUCAUUUAUUAUAUUAUCAUUUAUUAAUUUUAUUACUCAAUAAAUAAAUAAUAAUAUAAUUUUUUCAGUUCUUUCUUAUAAUCAGCCCAGAAAAAAUACAAAUAACGGUUAGAUAUAUAUUCCAAAUACACGAUACUCUUAAUGCCACUUGUAAAAUUCAAUAAAAUUUUUUUUGAUUCUCAACGUGUUCAUACAUAAUUACAGAAAUAGUUUUAUGUUAAUUAUUUUAAUUUAGAUUGGCAAUUCUUUUAGUGGUCAGACUGUGACGCGUUCCUGAAAGGCGUCGACAUAGGAGCUCGGUAUAUUAACCUCGGCGCCGUCGACACCUCAUACGGAUCAUUAACAUUUCACACGUAUCGUAGCAGCAAUUAACUCCCCAAACGAGCUCUAUAAUUAAUGAAGAGGGAUGAAGGAAUUGCAUUGGCUCACUCCUCUGCGCAAUCGACCAGGGAAAAGAUUAAGAGCUCGGUCACACCCUUCUAGCUGCGGAUUUCCAUGAUUCCCUUAAAUACAAUCAGUCCGCACAUUUGUCUUACGCUUGACAACGCGAAACUGAUUGCCAUCGGGAUAAGUUAUUAACUCAUUCAAUAUCAUCUUUAAUAAAACUCCUGCUACAUGUGAAUUACUGCAUGUAACCAAUUGUAUCGAGGAAAUGACAUGCAAUGUCAAUAAAGGAUGAAUAAAGAUAACAACGCGUAGAAAGGAAAUUGCAUAUGCAUUCACUAUUUUAUAUAUACAUUAGAGAUAUGCAAUAUUCAAAUGAAAUGCGAUUUGUCGAUUCGCUGAAAUGAAUGAUAAUCUCGAACUAUUAAUUUAUUAUUAACGAACUUAAAAAGCUGCGUCGUCUCUACAUGUAAUACGCGAAUGUGUUACAUCACGUUGACCCUUCGUUAGAACGUGACAUAAGCGCCGGCUUGUACGAGCAACCUAAUUAAUUCCAAGCGCGAAAAAGAUUAUUUAGCGGGGUAGGGGGAAGAGGGUGACAUUGAACGUGCCUCGCGCUUAAAUAAGAUGAAUCUCAGAUUUACGAGAGUGGCGAGCGCGAUAUUUCAACGAUAGCGGGCCACCUCAUUUUCUCAUUGUCUCUAUUAACUACCGGGCAUAGCCCGGAAAUUUAUAACUCAGACGGGAAAAGAAGCCGACCGGCGAGCUGAAGGAAGGAGGCCGUGCCCGCUGGCUCGACGACAUCUUUUUUCUUAAUUCAUUUGCCGGGGAUUAUUCAUCAGCCAUUACGGCGCUAACGAAACGCGAAACGGCGCAAAACGGUGUGGUGAAGAGAGAGGGGAGGGGGUGGCAAAGUGUGCCGUCGCGAUUGCCUUUCUACAUUUCGAAUGGGAAUUUUACGGCGCGCGACUUUGACGGGAAAAAGGAGGACCAGGAGGAGAAGGAGAGACAGAGGAGGGCCUUUCGAAUUGUUAAUGCGCGAGAAGCUGUCUCGACUUCUUUCCAUUAACUUUAGUAACUAUGUAGCUGAAGAUGUACCGCCCGAAGAAAACCGUCUCCCUGCCUCCUUCACUAUUUCAUCCUCUCGACUUUCCGUGCGUCCCCCUACCAAUUCUUACUCUCGUCCUCGUUAUCCUUAAUCUCGUUUGCACGGUAACUCGUGCCAAGGACGUUAGAUAGAACGAUACGAUAUCACGAAAGACCAUCUGUGCCGCAGCACCCGAUCGACGUUGCAUUGCUAAUGCAAUAAAGGUCAAAGUUGAGAAGAGGAGAGUUCUGCUCUGGUCGAUUAGAAUGGUUAGAGAAGAGGUGUUAUAUCUCACGCUUAUGCAAUUCGUUUUGUUACGCGUACGUGACUCUCCUAUGUCGAAAUUGAUUCCUAUAAACAAAAUGAACAACGAUGUCGAAAAUUGAAAACGAAAACUCUUUAUAUCACCAAGAUACCGGCGAGAGCAACAUAUGAACAUUAAUAACAUCAAUUAUAAUUAAUCUUUUAAAAAAAAUAGUACAUACAUAUAGAAAGUGCAUGUUAAAACAGUUUCAAAAGUAUAUUAACUCCAAAUAACAUGGAACAUUCGUGUCGAUUCCAUUUCAAACCUCAUAAAUUUCUAGGAGACCCUUUUAAUGAUAUGAAUAACGUCUUUUUUUUUUUUUUAAGAAAACUUUAAUGCAGUGGUGAUAUGAGCAUAAAAUGGCGAUGUAAAGUUAUCUUUUAACCAUUGAGGGAAAAAAGUUGUGAACGAGUGACUCGGAUGUGUUAUCGGAAAAAGGUAUUUUAUUUAAUAAAUAAAUAAACAUUUUUAAGCUAAAUCUAUAUCGCAUGCUCAAAUGAUUAAAUGUUAAUUGUCUCAUUCGUCUCAUCCACGUAAUCCUAGACUGCUACCGUAGAUGAAUUUUCGCUUAAGUGCUAAUUCAAUUUAGUUUAAUUUAAUUAUAAAAUUCUGAUAGUAAAAUAUUAUUUAUUAGAAUUUUUUACAAUAAAAGUGUUAGUUCAUUUAUAUUCUACAACAUAUAUAAAA